GUGGGAGGCUCCGUAUUCUCUUUCAGCUGGGCCAAAGUAGCCUAUCCUGUCGGACUAUGAUAAAUGAUAGAUAGCCUGACAAUGAACAAACACCUGCUAGAGGGAGCUAACACGGAAAACGACUUGAUUGGAGAAGAAAACACGAAUCGAUGAUUUCUUGCCUAAUGCUAGUGGAUGCGUCCAGGUAAAUAGGCUACACCAGGAAAUGUGCAGUGUCUGGCAUCACAGCAACGCAUGGAUCGCGACUUCGUCCUGAUAUCAACGGUGUUGCCGUGCUCUGGAAUAGCCUAACAAUCAUUUUUCUGACAUACGCUACAGCUUUCACACCACGCCUCCCCGUUACACGCACCUCGAUUAACCAUCUUCGCUGGUGCACAGAGUGCUUUUCAAAAGGGAGCGAAAAUGAGACUGGUCCUCAUCUCCUCAUGUCGCGGAGAAAGGAACAUCGGAUACACGAUGCAAUGAUGGGUAGUUGGACACUGAUGCUGCAUCCAUGAGCGCCUUCACUUCAGGGUGUUAUUUUUGGCACAGGUAUCACAGGAUAGUUCUGGAGGGAAAGCAAAAAAAUGGAAGUUUUGAUUCAAUAGUGCACAACCGCCACGAUCUUUAUGAUUUUUGGGGAUUUAUUUGUGAUGGUUGUCGCGUGUCUAACGGACAUGAACGCGCUACUGGACCGCUUUCACAACUAUAUUUUACCACAUUUACGAGGGGAGGAUCACGUCUGCCAUUGCAACUGUGGAAGGCACCAUGUACACUAUGUGAUCCCGUAUGAUGGGGACCAGUCUCUGGUGGACUCUGCAGAGAACUACUUUGUGAGUGACAGUGUGACCAAGCAGGAGCUGGACCUGAUUUUGGGGCUGCUGCUGGGCUUCCUCCUCAGCUGGCUGCUGCUGUGCCUGGAUGGGGCGCUGCACGCUGCGCUCAGACGUUGGAGGGCCAAACAGCACCAUGAUGCGUUCUCCUGGUCAUGGGUUCCCCGCUUCUGUAACCUGGGGAGAAGGGUGCACAUGAGAAAGCUAGAGGACUCAAGUGGGAACAUGGUGCACAUUAAGCAGAAGCUGUACCACAACGGACACCCCAGCCCACGCCACCUCUGA